AUGGCCCCGUUCAAGCUCGGCGCCACGAGGCAGAAGGUUUUCACUCACAAGGUCCGCACAGGGUGCAUUACAUGCAAGCGGCGCAGGGUGAAGUGCGAUGAAUCGAAACCCGCCUGUUUGAAUUGCACGAGAGGGAAUCGAGAAUGCCUCGGGUAUGCAACCCCAGUCGCCAAAAUCUUCACGUCCGAGAGUUCCGAAUCUACGGCGUCGAAACCGCCAUCGUCGAGUCAGUCCCCACAGGCAGCCACCUACGAUGAUGAACUAUUACUGGUCUCCAGGGCUCUCGACCUGUCUUUCGGCACAGAGGACGAAGUACGGUCUCUACAGCACUGGCUUCACCUCACAUCACCUAUGUUGGCUCAAUAUGGCCCACAGGGAGAUUUCUAUACUGUCCUUGUCCCACAGAUCGCGCGACAGUCUCCUGCGGUCAAACAUAUGCUCGUUGCUCUUUCCAUGACGCACGAGAAGUUCCAUACCGGUAUUGCAACUGCCACCCCGAAAAUGACCUCGCAGGCUGUUUCCCACUACAUUUCAGCCAUAGCAGACAUCAGGAACAACAGCCCACCCAAGCUCCAUGUUGUCGUCGCUUCCCUCAUUGCGUGGGUCAUAGAGCUAUUUGAGAACAACGUCCCGGCAGCCGUAGUCCACCUGCGCGGAACACUCAAACUUCUCCGGGAAUACAAGCGAUCGAAACCUCCACCGGCAGCAGAAGACGCUCUGCGGAAAUCGAUUCUGCCGACUUCCAGCCUUGCCAAAGGCUUGACGCAGCUGAUGCUUCACACCGGUCCCGUAUCAGGAGAGAUCGAGCCGGAAUACCGGGGUCACAUACACUAUCCUUGGGGAGGCCCAAUGUUUUCGUCCUUUGCCGAAGCGAGGAGUGUCAUCUGCCGUUACAUCGAGGAAAUCGCAGAUGCUGAGCAUCCCUGCAAUAUUCGAGACGUUGAGAGACUGUUGGGCCAUUGGUUCGAGCGCACCCGACGUUGGAACCAGGAGAAUAUCCCCACUUCCUCCGUAACCGCACUUCUCUUGCUCUUCAACCUCGCAUUAGCCCUUCUCCCGAGCAGUGACGUGGCUGGAUUCAGCCAUUCCAUCAACCCAGCUACCAUUGACUUUGUGGUUGAUGGAGCCGCCGCGCUCGUGAAUAUCCACCGCAAGGUUGAGCAGAGCAAUGAAGAUCUUAAACAAACGCUGAUCGCUGUUCUCAGCUUUGUUGUCCGUCUCUUCCCAGAUUCUGGCAGUCAUGGUCGAGCAUCACUGCUAUUGAACCAGCUGCGUGGACAAGUAUGA